AUGUCAUUCCGUGAAGCAGCUGUACUUCCAAUAUCUUAUUUAACAGCUUAUAUAUUAUUAUUUGAAAUUGGUAAUAUUAAAUCAGGUCAAACAUUAUUAUUUCAUUCCGCUGGUGGUGGUGUUGGUGUUGCAUUGACACAACUAUCAAAACUUGUGCCUAAUUUAACUCUUAUCGCAACAACUAGUUCACAUAAAUUUGAUGUUCUUCGAGCACAUAUACAUUAUUUAUUUGAACAUGGUAUUGAUUAUACAGAAGAUGUUAAAAAGAUAGCACCAGAAGGUGUCGAUUUAGUUCUUGAUUGUAUGGCAGGUGAUGAUUGUGAACGUGGUCUUGCAUUACUUAAAUUUAAUGGAAAAUAUGUUAUGUAUGGAACAUCAAGUUUACUUAGUUGGGAUGUAAAAAAUUUAUUUGGUAUAACGAAAGGAAUGACUAAUUGGUGGCAAAAUGAUAAAAUAAGUUGUUUACGUUUAUUUCAAGAUAGCAAAUCUAUACAUGGCUUUAAUUUAAUUCAAUUACUUACACGUGGUUCAAAUGAUACACGUCGUUAUUUAGCUGAUAUAAUGCAUAAAGUAUUUUUACUUUAUAAAGAAGGAAAAAUCAAACCAGUUAUUGAUUCUGUAUUUACAUUUGACGAAGUAAAUAAUGCUCUUGGUAAAUUAGUUGAACGUAAAAAUAUUGGUAAAGUUGUAAUUGAACCUUAUCCUAAUAUGAAAUCGGAAAAAGUUAAAAAAAUUAAAUCAACUGCAACACCUGGACAUCAAGAUUCAAGCUCAACAUCCGGUCCUGAUGAUGAUGAUGAUGAUAAAGAAUCUGAAGAAAGCCGUCAAAAAAUUAUCGUCUUCUAA